AUGGCCAAUGCCCUGAAAGACAGAGUUGAGAUACAGUGUGAUAUCAAGAUAUAUUCAGUCACAAGUCACAGUGAACCCUAUUUCUUCAGAUUUUGGGAUGUUAACCAGAAGUUCCUGUACCUGAAGAACAAUGUGCUUGUAGCAAGCCCACGUUCUGUCAACACGCCAGAGCAACUCAUGACUGUGCUUCCCAACAAUGCCUUAGACCCAACAAAGCUACCCAUCUUCAUGGGGCUUGGAACUGGGCGGCCCACGCUCUCCUGUGUGAAAUCUGGCGCAGGCCAGCUUCAGCUGCAGCUAGUGGAGACAGACAUCAAGGACUUAUACCAAAAGAAUGAGCAGCUCUUGAGUUUCACCUUCUACAGCAAGACUCCAGAAGGCUCAGAGACUUGCAGCUUUGAAUCUGCAGAGUUCCCCGGUUGGUACCUAAGCACAUCAUCUGAGCCAGACAAGCCACUUGGCCUCAGUCAACAAGGAGAAACAAAGAACACGGUCUUCUAUUUUGAAAAAAGGCAAAAAUAGAUUGGACCAUGUGUGUUCAAGGGGAAAUGAAGGAGAAGCAAAUACCUAUCAUCUAUGUAUCUAUCUGCCUAUUUGUCUAACUAUAAUGUACUCCAUGUGCAAUGGAAUGAAGCCCUUUCUAGAUUUAUGCAGACAACUCGCUUUUGUUUACAGAGCAGUACUUGCAAUGUGGACUAGCUGUAGAAAAAGACUGUGGCCUGCCCAGAUCCGGAAAAGUACAGGAGCAGCAGAAUGCCUAAGAGGCAAUAGAGAAAGGCGUGGUGUUUAAGGGUGUGCUGCUUGUGGUCUUUCUCCUGCACAAGAGACCUUUGCAUGGGCAGUACAGCAAAGCAGUGCCCAGACAGCAGUCUUCACAUCUGGGUUACAUCUGCAGAACUGGAGCAAGCCAGCGUCAAUGGUCUCAGUGAUAACAGACAGUACCACCUACUGAGCGCUCACCUGUUGUGUUCUAAGGUGCGCUGCUGGAAUAGAAAGCUCCUCCAUAAUCUGACUCAUGUUUGAAGAGGAAUGAAUCAAAUCAUCUGUCAGCUUCAACGGAACUGGAAGGGUAGCUUUUGCAGAGAGGUUAAGCCAAAAGUGGCCAGGUGUCCUACACUUCUCUAAAGGGCAGUUCUCUAUUUGAAGGGCUUUCCAGUCCAGGUUUGGCUGAAAGAAUAAGAACCCUAAGAAGGGAAAACAUCAGUGGGAAUUUGAUCUUUAGAAGUUGCCACCUGGAUAACAGAUGAAGGAGGAACAACAUUCUCCUGAGUAGCCUUGUUCAUUAUGGAGAAAUCCAUUGUAUUUUCCUGUUUAUAUUAUAAUUAUUAUUUCUGUAGGUUCAUUUGCAUAUAUACUAGCAUAUGUAAAUUUUAUGCUGAUCUGUGCUAUCUUUUGCCCUUGUUUUGGUUGAUGCAUUUCCUCUGUUUUGGCAAUGUGUAAGUAGCUACUGCAGUGGAAACACAGACUUAUACAAAAGGCAUAUGGUUAGCAAACGAAAGGAGCAGAGUUACUGAGAAGUCUGCUGAAUGUGGGACCCAGUGAGAUUAAUGGUGCUCAAUGAAUCGUUAGAAGCAUGUCAGCUUAAAUGAAAUCAUUAUGUAAAAAUCUGUGAUCAUAUUAAGUACGGUAUACAUGUAUUUAUAAAGCAAAUAAUUGAACAAGAGCCAACAAUUGAGCAGGAUGCAAUAAAGUUAA